GUGGGCGUACAGGCGGCCACCGAACCGUUAUGCUGUAUGCUGGCGUAUUUUCAGUAAGGUCAACAAACAUGAUAAAUGUCCAUGUAUAUAUAUAAAUAUAUAUAUAAGGCGGUGCAUGCGGCUGAUAUGAGGUUUGGUAUUCCAUGCAGCAGCCUCCCACGCGCCGCUAUCGCCCACGCCAGGAUCUGCGUCACGCAGGCGCGUGGGAGUGAGAGAGCAAUGUAGCAAGCGCGGAAUAUCCCAAUUCUGGCAGUAGGGGAGAGAGCGGAAACCAACUAGUUUGAGAGUCCCUCCGUAGUUCAAACUACAGAGUGCGUGAGAGUUAAUUCAAUAACAGAGAGCCGAAGGACGCGUCGCUUACCCGCCGAACGCGCGGCACCUCAUUGGACAGCGAAGCGUCGCGUAACUCUACGGAGCGUCAUAUUUCAGAACUUUAAUAAUCAUUGAACCAUACGCCACUUUUGGAAGAGUUUUGGUGGAAAAAGACAAAGAAAGAAAACCAAAAGGUAUGGCAGCGACUUUACCCAGAACCCUUGGGGAGUUGCAGCUCUACCGCAUCCUUCAGAGGGCCAACCUGCUGUGCUACUACGAUGCCUUCAUCCAGCAGGGCGGUGACGACGUUCAGCAGCUCUGCGAGGCUGGAGAGGAUGAGUUUCUUGAGAUCAUGGCGCUCGUAGGCAUGGCCAGCAAGCCGCUGCAUGUCAGACGCCUACAGAAAGCACUGCGCGAUUGGGUCACAAACCCUGCCCUGUUCAAUCAGCCCCUCACGUCCCUUCCCGUCUGCAGCAUUCCUGUCUACAAGCUGCCUGAAGGGUCGCCCACAUUGUUGCCUGGGAAUGGCGCCCGUGGAGACACCCAAGUCAAAGUGCCCAAGUGUUUGGCAGCUACUUGCGUUGAUCCCGGAAAAGGAGAAUCAGGCAACGGGAACUCUUCUGCCACUGUUUCACCCCUUCAGAGUGGCAGCGAGCCACGUUUUUGGGCCGGGCACGGCACGGAGAGCGAGCACAGCCUGUCCCCCGCAGAACUGGGCUCUCCGUCUUCCCCUCGGGACGGCCUGGAGGCACUAGACGCGGCUGCUGUUCAGUCCGUGGCAGAGUGCGUAGAAAGAAUCGCUCAGACUUUGCCUAAGAGUGACCCCGGAGAGGUUAAAGAACAACUGAAGGGAAAUAAGAAGCUUGCCAAGAUGAUCAGCCACAUCUUUGACAUGAGCGAUGAGGAUCCGCACAGGGAAGAGGAAAUCCGCAAGUACAGCGCCAUAUACGGGAGAUUUGACUCAAAAAGGAAGGAUGGGAAGCAUCUGACUCUGCACGAGCUGACGGUGAAUGAGGCUGCAGCACAGCUAUGUAUGAAGGAGGUGGCAUUGCUGACUCGCAGGGAUGAGCUUUUCGGACUGGCCCGUCAGGUCUCCCGAGAGGUCACCUACAAAUACACCUACAGAACCAGCAAAUCUCGAUGCGGUGAUAGAGAUGAGCCAUCGCCCAAGAGAAUUAAAACUGAGGAGGGCUGUUUUGACCUCCAGGAGGCGCUACAGGCCAUUCACAUGCGCCAGGAGACCCUUAAGGAGCAGCUAGCCCACGCCAGAUCUAAGGGAGAGGAGACGGUUGGGCGGAACAUCCAGGUUCAGCUGGAGCGUCUGUUGGCCAAGCAGAUGGAGAUACUGCAUGACGCCGCAGCGCAGGAUAGACUGCAGGCUCUAGAGUGGAGGGUUCCACCAGGGCCCUACAAACACAGCACAGGCAGGCAGAACAGCAACGGGAUCUCCGCUGACAAAAACACUGACCAGCAGGGAGAGAGGCCGCUGAAUCUGAGGGUGACCAGCCAGAGGACGAGUGCAUCAGACGGAGACACGCCUCUCGGAAAGCAGCUGGCCAAUGAGUUGAAGAGGCAUCAUCACGCUAAUGCUGAGAGCAAGACGUCAGCAGCCACAGAAAACGGAGCAGAUGCAUCUUCACGUGCCCUCAACCUCUCUGAGAAGAAGACCAUCAAAUCCGAGCCGGAGGAUUCCAGAUAGCAGCCCCGAAUGCUUUCGUUUCAAACCUACAACAAUACACGUCGUCUGUCAGUGAAUACUAAACAAGCACAACUACAGUAGAGCCUUAACAACCAAUGUUGCCUCAAAAUAGAGUUUAUUUUAGUUUCUCGCCAUUUUUGUUUUUGCCAAAGCACCUAGAGCCCUUAUUUCCAUUCUCCUGAGUAGAUUCACACUGUUUGUGCUGUCACUGACCGUACUCGUUUAAUUCUCUCUAGCUCUCAUCACUUGUUUUUAUGCUCUCCUAUCGGUGUGGACCACAAAGUCCGCUAUUUGUACAUACAUAGAAAAUGUCUGUUUGAAAACGGUUAAAUGUUAUUUAAAUAUGUGUUGUAUGUAUAUAUGAAUGCAUGUAAAAUAUCACUGAAACGGAGGGAUGCAGUGUUUUUAAAGUUGUUAGUAAGCAGCUGUUGUUAAGUGAGAAUCCUCCUGGAUUGCGUUUCUCUUUAAAGACCCCAUGCAAUCACUUUCAUUUCCUGUAUUGACUAUUUCACAUUAUCAGAUGACAUUUGCCCAUUUUUUUAAAGAGCCAGUAUGCUUUAUUUACACCAUAAACAGUGAUUUGCUACUUGCUAUUGCUAUUUGAUAGCUGGUGGUAUUGUUAGCAGGAAUAAUAUUAUCAUUCUAGAGAGCAUUUCAUUCAAAAAAAAUAUUAGGGCUGCACAAUGUAUCAAAAUAUUAUUGAUAUUGCAACAAGGCUAAAUGCAUCAAAUCAACAAGAGCGAAGCUUGGCACUGUUCAUUUGCACAAGUAAAUGUAAAUUUAGGCAAAAAUGAAGAAAUUAAGAUGUAAAUAUUGGUAUUGUAAUUCUACAGUAUUUUAAGGUAUUUUUUAUUAAAUACUCUGUUUAUUUUAUAGUACAUUAGUAUUAUCGCAACAUUUCUUAUUUUAAGUAUAGUUAUAUAUAAAAAAAAAAAUAUUGUGAACUCUGCUCACGUUAUGAUUACCGAAAGAUGUUUUAGUUUGUUCUUGUAAAGGCUACCCAAGUGCAAACAGGGUUUUUCACAAGAUGUUCAACAGAAAAACAAUAUCGCAAUGUCAGGUUUUUUUUCCAAUAUCAUGCAGCUGCAAUCAAUAUUUUUUGAUUGUUUAUCCCACAAGAGAAAGAAAUUUGUUUUUUAAAUCCGUGAAAGUGAAUUUUGUCACUAGUACACUAGCAUAUAGAUGACACACAGGGACUAAAAACUCUAAUUUUGAUCUCAUGGGGUCUUUAAGGAAGUCGUCUUCUCCUCUGUCAGGGUUUCUGAUAGCAAUGCUAACGAAUCUGAAUAUAAAAGUCUACUAUGGUGCUAUGGUUGAAUUUAUUUACGUAACAGAGGAAAACUGCGGCACACGUUGCUAUUUAAACACUGAAAUCUCGGAGCCAGAUGUUUGGCCUCCUUGUCAUCUUGAACGAAUAGUAAUGCCUGAUUUAUUUCGAUACUAAGCACAAUUAAUAUAUAUUUAAUCGUACUCUAUACAUACCAACAAAAUGCUAAUACAGACAAGCAUGUCUCCCCUCCUGAUCAAUAGUCAUGUAAAUAGUUUAAAGACAUUCGCAACAGACUGGACUUGAAAACAGGGCGUCCUUACUGCACCAUUCCAGUCUUUAUCAUAAUCACGUAACGUAUUUGUAUUUCUGAAUAUUUAGUCGUAGAGCAAUACCGGGUAGCUGUUGUCACUUAACUCAGUGAACGUGUCUAGGAGUCCCAGCCUCAGAGGACAUUCACUGGACAGUAUUUCUACUCUGUUUCGUAGUGUAGACAUACUCUUAGAUUCAGCUAACAACGUGCAAAUGUAUGUGAAACUGAUAUGCACUAGUGUUUGAUUCUCGAAUUUGCAUCCUACUGCUCAACAUUUCUCGUGUUUCUCAAUGGUGAUACAUGUUUUUGUAGGACUUAUACCCGUGAAAUCAUCGAGUCACGCUCUUUAUAUAGUUUUAGAGUAUCACGUGAGGUGAAGUAGGCACAAGAUGAUCAGGUUUUCCACAGUUACAUGUCUGUAAUGUACCGGUCAAGCUGUUAUAUAAUCUGUAUUUGUGUCAAAGACAAAUACCUCUCUAUAUCGGUACGAAGGGACCGAUUUUUAACGUCCUGAUCAUACACUUCAGUAUUUCGAGGGAAUAUGUGGAAAUAUUGUGCGCUUUUAUUUUUUUAGGAUUAUUUUCAGAGAUCUCGAGUAUGCAAAAUCUUAAUUUAAGUGCCAUUUUAAACAUGUUUUUGAGAGCGUGCGAUAAGUCGGUGGGUUACGAGAUAUCCCGUGUGAUAAAGACGAGCGUCAUGUGAAUAUUUAUCUGCAUUUUCAACUUUUUGCCUUAGUUUGAAACAUUCCACGUUACGAUUCUUAACUGGUGGUAGUUUAUUUUGGAUGUUCGUUUUAGUUGGAAUGGGAAAUGAGAUUUGGGAAGUUGUAUGAACAUCUGAGACUUAAAGCCUUGGCAAUAUCAAGCUCUCUAAGAGCACUGGAACAAAAUUGACUUUAGAAAAAAACAGUUUGAUGAAGAAAAAAUCUGAUUGGACCUUACUGAUUACAUCGUUACCAAUGACCUAUAUAGCAAGACAUAUCUAGACGCCUACCUUUGUUCCUUGCUUGUUACUGUCUUUAACCACUCACAGAAAUGAUCAGUCUUUCUCUAAUCUUUGUACUUGCUUUGUAUAAUAGACUUAUGCAUCUUGGACUGUGGGAUGAAACUGUGUUGUCAGUAGAACUUGUUCUCAUCACUUCUGAGUAGAGAGUACAUUAGGAUAUGCAUAUGGUAGUCCUGCACAUAUUGUUUUGUAAACACUAAUAUAUUUAAUUUGUUAUAGAGCACAUGAACAUUAAACUCUAUUUUUUUGA